AUGGGAACACCGCUUACAGGAACGGUUAUUAUUACCGGUGGAAAUGGGCUAUUGGGAUCAGAGAUCGCCAUCGAGAUUGCAAAGAAGCAACCUUUCGUUCAUCUAUUAUUGACGGCUCGAGAUAUAAGAACGGACGAUGUUCGGCAACUCACCGGCAAGAUCCGCUUGAUAGGUCCCAGAUCGAUCGAGGUUCUUCCUCUUGAUCUGACCGAUCUGAAAUCUGUGGCAAGCUUCGCCAAAACCACUGUCGAACGUGUUCGAUUUAGAGACAUCCCACCUGUGACCAGUCUGAUUCACUCCGCUGUCGCAACAUCUUACACGGUUGAUGACCUCACAUCAGACGGAUACGACCCUGUGUACCAAACGAAUUGUCUCUCUCCGUUCUUAUUAACCAUCGGACUGCUUGAAGCUUUUCAGGCUGGAGAUGGAACACCGAGAAGUGGAGCGAAAGUGAUCAAUAUCGGAUGCUCUGCCACAUCUAGCGGUCGACUAGAUUACUUUGACCGCGACCAUGGAAGAAACGGGCAUCAUCUGGGAGAUUCGCUGAGCGCAAAGGAAGAGAAUAUUCGCUUCGGAAGCAGUAAGUUAAUGGCGAGCGUCGCAUUAUAUGCGUUGAGGCGGAGUUUGAUCUGGACCGGGAAUAUUUCGCUGGACAUCUUCACUUUGGAUCCCGGAGGUAUGGCUGGCCCAAGCAAUCUGCGAACCGGGGCUCCCAUGUCGGUCAGAGUCGCACAUCAGACUCGGUCCGGUCUUCGGCCAUUCUUGCGCAUGGUAUCCCGAAGCUCCAUGAACAAGGCCAGUGUUCCAGCCAAGGCGAUCGCCAGAGUUGCAUUCCAGAUCGAUACAGUGGAGAACCUACAAAAGGAACGCUACUUUAUUCUUGAUAGCGACUACGAAGCCGCAUCCGUCCUGCCGAGCUUGCGUGAUGCAGAAAAGGUGAAGAAACUAUUACUACAGAUGAUGGGACAGGUUGAGGUGGAAACGAAAGAAGUUGACUCCCCUGCGGCCGCGACCAUGAACCGACACGUCCUUGAAAAAGGCCAUUCUGCCUACCCCAUCGGCUCCGCAUUCUCAAUUUCGCCUAGCAGAUUCCAGCCUCGCUCGCAACCUGCCCUUCGGUACCGCCGAAAACUCAUCCAGCGCCUCUGCCUUUUUGGCCUCGUGUCGCUGGUGUUGUUUCUCCUCAUAUUCCCAUCCUGGCGCGCGGCCAUUCUCCCCACCAUCUCCCUCGGCAUUCUCUCCUCCCCUAACGAUCUACACCUUCAAACGGUCCGCUAUUAUGAUCUCUCCGAAGUACAAGGGUCAGAGAAAGGAUGGGAGCGCGGGGAACGCGUGCUGAUGUGCACCCCGCUUAGGGAUGCUUCGUCGCACCUCCCAAUGUUUUUCUCUCACCUCCGAAACCUCACAUACCCUCACGACCUAAUUGACCUGGCCUUUUUGGUGUCGGAUUCCCGCGAUGAUACCCUGGGGAUGCUGUCGCGCAUGCUGGAAGAUAUACAAAAUGAUUCCGAUCCAACGAUGCCAUUUGGAGAGAUCUCAGUGAUCCAGAAAGAUUUCGGGCAGAAAGUCCAACAGGAUGUAGAAAGUCGGCACGGGUUCGAGGCACAGGCCAAUCGGCGAAAGCUCAUGGCACAGGCGAGGAAUUGGCUGCUGAGUGCGACGCUUCGUCCGACGCAUAGCUGGGUCUAUUGGAGAGACGCGGACGUGGAAACUGCGCCUUUUACAAUCAUUGAGGACCUAAUGCGGCACAAUAAGGAUGUGACCGUUCCGAAUGUGUGGCGGCCGCUUCCAGAUUGGCUCGGUGGAGAACAGCCUUAUGACCUGAAUUCAUGGCAAGAGUCCGAGACUGCCCUGGCUCUUGCAGACACUCUUGAUGAGGACGCCGUGAUCGUGGAAGGAUACGCAGAGUACGCUACGUGGAGACCCCACCUUGCUUACCUCCGUGAUCCAUACGGCGAUCCUGACAUGGAGAUGGAGCUUGACGGAAUCGGCGGUGUCAGUAUUUUGGCCAAGGCCCGCGUGUUCCGCGCCGGUGUGCACUUCCCAGCAUUCAGCUUCGAGAAGCAUGCCGAGACGGAAGGGUUUGGCAAGAUGGCCAAACGGAUGAAGUUUUCAGUAAUCGGCCUACCACACUAUACGAUUUGGCAUCUUUAUGAGCCUAGCGUUGACGACCUCCGCCACAUGGCCGAAAUGGAACAGGAGCGACAAGCUCGCGAGCAGGAAGAAAAGGAGCGAGCCGAUCAAAAAGACAGCACCCAGCCCCGAACCCAGGGCGCAGAUCAGAUUGUAGAUGGUGAAAUAGUCCAGGACGCUAGCGAAAGCUCCGCCGCUCAACCUGCAAAUGUCAAAGACUCCACAGAGAGUACCUCGAACGACCAAGCCGACAAGGUUGCAAUAGUCGAGAAAGCAGAGAAAAGUGAGAAAGCGAAAGCAUGA